AUUUUACAACCACCAUUUUGCAAAUACACGAAUUUCUCGAAUUGAAACCAAUGAACUGAAAGCAAAAUGAAUCCCUUGAGCAAUGUGAAAGGGACUCAGCGAAUCAAUGACAGAGAAUUAGAACUUGGCCUGACAGGGUCAAAGAAAUCCUGGCAUGACAAGUACAAGGACAGUGCUUGGAUCUUCAUCGGAGGUCUGCCGUAUGAUUUGACGGAGGGGGACACCAUUUGUAUUUUCUCGCAAUAUGGUGAGAUCGUGAACAUAAACCUUGUACGUGAUCAGAAGACAGGGAAGAGUAAAGGCUUUGCAUUCAUAUGCUAUGAAGAUCAGAGAAGCACCAUAUUGAGUGUGGAUAACCUCAAUGGUGCUAAGGUUUUAGGCCGCACGCUUAGAGUGGACCAUGUCGAAAAGUACAAAGUGCCCCAAGAAAAAGAGGAUAGACCCGUGGACGCCAUAACCUUGAGGCUCCGAGAAGAAGGAUGUGCACCCAAACUCCCUGAUUCUGAACCAGAAUCUGAGUUGGAGGAAGAGAAGUUUCAGACAAAAGUCAAAGAAGAGCCAAAAGAAGAAAAGUCCCGCAAGAAAAAGUCCAAGAAGAAGAAGAAGAAGAUGGAUAAAUAUUCUGAUUCAGAUUCUGAGAGUGAUGAUAGUGAAAAGAGGUGGAGGAAGAAAAAGAAAUCUUCAAAAACAAGGGAUUUGUCUGAAUCUUCAGAUUCACUACGGGAGAAAAAACGGACUGGAGAUUUCAAGCCGCUUGGGUUGAAAAUAAAGACAGAGAAAGUCGAUCCUGGUUAUGAGAAAUAUUCGAAGGGGGUAAACUCACGGGAUGGGGAUGUGAGAGAUAAAAGACGAGGCAAGGAUGAUUCUGAUUAUGAUUCGAGAGGUGGUAGGUAUGGACGUGAUGAGAGAGAUGAUAUUGAUAGGAGGGGUGCGGCAAGAGAUAGGGGUAGGGGGAAUGGGAGGGAUAGAUAUGAUAUUGAGCGGGGCAGGAGUGGUAGCAGAGAGCGCGGUAGGAGGAGUAGGAGCAGAAGUAGAGAUUGGUCAAGGCGGAGUCGGAGUAGAGAGAGGUAUAGGAGAGAUAGGAGCAGGAGUUCAAGUAGUGGGAAGUAUCCUAGGAAAAGGAGCAGAAGUUCUAGUGGGGAGAGGUACAGGAGCAAGGACCGGAAGAGAUACAGAAGUAGGGAUAGGAGAUAGGAGAUUCUUUGAUUUGACUUUGUGUACUGGUGACCGUCAGUUACGUUACACCAUUUUUGUUGUUGGACCAUAUCAGAGCGGCAUAUUUCCUCUGUACAUUUUCCUAUACAAUAGUUCUUUCUCAAUGAAAUUUUUCCCUUUCUUCAAAAGACAUGAUAAUAGAUGCACACAGAUGAAUAAAUGAUUGGUAAACAACAUGUAUUUGAUUGCAGCAAAAAUGUCCUUAGGUCUCCACAAAUGAGUGAUUUUGUUUGACCCCUAACAAUGUAAAAAAGCCAAGACCUGUUGCUAAGCUAUCAAGCAUUCUCUGCACAGCUCAGCUGAUAUCUUUUUUUGAUCAAUUAUUCAGAAUCGGCUAUGGACUUUUUGAUGAAACCUUUCUACAAUAAAGCAUUUCUAUUUA